GUGAUCGGGCUGGGACGCGGCGCGAUGGGGACCGCUCUGGACAUCAAGAUCAAACGGGCCAACAAGGUCUAUCUCUGCGGGGAAGUUCUUUCUGGAGUGGUGGUCAUAACGAGUAAGGAUGCAGUCCAACACCAGGGUGUCUCCUUAACAAUGGAAGGAUCAGUAAAUCUGCAGCUCAGUGCCAAAAGCGUUGGUGUGUUUGAAGCUUUCUAUAACUCUGUUAAGCCUAUUCAAGUUAUCAACAGUACCAUAGAAAUGGUAAAACCAGGAAAACUUCCCAGUGGCAAAACAGAAAUUCCUUUUGAGUUUCCAUUGCAUAUGAAGGGCAACAAAGUUCUAUACGAGACAUAUCAUGGUGUGUUUGUCAAUAUUCAGUAUACCCUUCGGUGUGAUAUGCGACGUUCUCUACUGGCCAAGGACCUGACUAAGACUUGUGAAUUCAUUGUCCACUCACCACCUCAGAAAGGGAAGUUGAUGCCAAGCCCAGUGGACUUCACAAUUACACCUGAAACCUUACAGAAUGUUAAAGAGAGAGCCUCGCUCCCAAAAUUUUUCAUCAAAGGUCAUCUCAACUCGACUAACUGCAUCAUUACACAACCACUAACAGGGGAGUUGGUGGUGGAGAAUGCAGAAGCUGCAGUCAAAAGUAUUGAGCUACAGUUAGUACGUGUGGAAACUUGUGGUUGUGCUGAAGGUUAUGCUAGAGAUGCUACAGAGAUUCAGAAUAUUCAGAUUGCUGAUGGGGAUGUCUGCAGAAGCUUGUCUAUUCCAAUAUACAUGAUAUUUCCCAGGCUGUUCACCUGCCCUACACUGGAAACUACAAAUUUCAAAGUUGAGUUCGAAGUUAACAUUGUUGUCCUCCUGCAUGAUGAUCACCUCAUCACAGAAAAUUUCCCACUGAAGCUCUGCAGGGUGUGAAUAUCCAGGAGAAUUGCUAAUGGAGGAACAAAGAAAUUCUUCAGUUACCAAAUGGAAAUUCAGUUCAUAUCUUCAAACUUAUUUUAAUUGAAGGACUAAAACAUUUGCUCAUCCCACUAUUGAUCCCUGUGUUGGAAGGGAGUGCAGUUCUCUGUAACUCUUACCAAACACUUUGUCUAUCUUCUGAUAUUAUUAGUGAAUGUGCUUUUCUGCUGAGAUUCCUGCCAGGUAUCUCUUUGAAUUCAACAGCCAUGCCUCCCUUUCUCUAUUUUUUUUCUUAAGAACCCUUAAGGGAUGUUUUUUGCACAUUCCUGUCGUGCACAACACACAGUAAGUUUCUAUGAUUAAUUGAUAAUUUAACACUUGUGCUAACUCUUUAAAUGUUUCCUUUAUAAGGAUCCUUGUAUCUAAACAGCUAACAGGCCCUGCUAUGUAUUGGUCCUUGAAGGAGAGACUGAGAGAUUAGAUGUUUCCUAAGCUACCUC